GAGGAGGGGACCCAGAGGCCCAGCAAUAAUCCAAGUGUAAAUCCAAAGGGCUAGGGCGAUUGGCAGCUGUCUCGGUCGCGGUUCCCAGAGCCAGCAUCUAGAGGGCUGCUCAACCUAGGUGUCCUAAAGAACUGCGGCGCCCCCCUCCCCCGCGCGCGCGGCGAGGGAAGUCGGGACGAGGUUGGCCCUCGUCGCUCGGUGUCUGGGCGUGGGCCCCGCCGCAGCUCCGCGGAGCCUCCGUGUCUCCUGCAAAGGGGGGCGGGGGAGCCCAGAGCUGCGGCUUCCUCCCGCGCGGAGUCUCCUGCGCACCGCCGAGCAGGACGCCAGUGCCAGCCGGGUCCCCACGCCGCUGCGCUCCCGGCCUCCCCGCCGCCCACAGAACAAUCAACCAUGACGACCGAAUCAGGAUCAGACUCAGAAUCCAAGCCAGACCAGGAGGCUGAGCCUCAGGAGGCAGCGGGGCCUCAGGGACACGCAGGGGCACAGCCCGGACCAGAGCCUCCCAGUGGAAUCAGCGAGGAGCCACCAGCACUUGAGCAGUUUCCUGAAGCUGCUGCACACAGCACCCCGGUGAAGAGGGAGGUCAGUGACAAGGACCGGGACUUCGCUGCCGCAGCUGCAAAACAACUUGAGUAUCAGCAAUUUGAAGACGAUAAACUCUCUCAGAAAUCAUCCAGCAGCAAACUCUCACGGUCCCCAUUAAAGAUCGUGAAAAGGCCUAAAAGCAUGCAGUGCAAAGUGACACUUCUGGAUGGAUCAGAAUACAGCUGCGACGUGGAUAAGCGCUCCCGAGGACAAGUGCUGUUUGACAAAGUGUGUGAGCAUCUGAACCUGCUCGAAAAAGAUUACUUUGGUCUGACGUACCGAGACGCCGAGAAUCAGAAGAAUUGGUUGGACCCUGCUAAGGAAAUUAAAAAACAGAUUCGAAGUGGUGCUUGGCAUUUUUCAUUUAAUGUGAAGUUUUACCCACCAGACCCUGCCCAGCUAUCAGAAGAUAUCACCAGGUACUACCUCUGCUUACAGCUGCGAGAUGACAUCGUCUCUGGAAGGCUUCCCUGUUCCUUCGUGACUCUUGCCCUGCUGGGCUCCUACACGGUACAGUCAGAACUCGGGGACUACGAUCCCGACGAGUGUGGGAGUGACUACAUCAGUGAGUUCCGCUUUGCACCAAACCACACGAAAGAACUGGAGGAUAAAGUGGUCGAGCUGCACAAGAGCCACAGAGGAAUGACGCCAGCGGAGGCGGAGAUGCAUUUCUUGGAAAACGCCAAAAAACUCUCCAUGUACGGGGUAGAUUUACAUCAUGCCAAGGAUUCAGAAGGAGUAGAAAUUAUGUUAGGAGUCUGUGCAAGUGGUCUAUUGAUAUACCGUGACCGGCUUCGAAUAAACAGAUUUGCUUGGCCCAAGGUCCUAAAAAUUUCAUAUAAACGGAACAACUUUUACAUUAAAAUCCGGCCAGGAGAGUUCGAACAGUUUGAAAGCACCAUUGGGUUCAAAUUACCGAACCACCGAGCUGCCAAGCGCCUCUGGAAAGUGUGUGUGGAGCACCAUACAUUUUUCAGACUAUUGCUACCAGAAGCACCUCCAAAGAAAUUCCUGACCUUGGGCUCCAAGUUCCGUUACAGCGGCAGAACUCAGGCGCAAACGAGAAGAGCCAGCGCGUUGAUAGACCGCCCGGCGCCUUACUUCGAACGCUCAUCCAGCAAACGUUACACCAUGUCUCGCAGCUUGGACGGAGCAUCAGUGAAUGAAAACCAUGAAAUAUACAUGAAGGAUUCUAUGUCCGCUGCAGAGGUUGGCACAGGCCAGUACGCCACAACAAAGGGCAUCUCUCAGACCAACUUGAUCACCACUGUGACUCCCGAGAAAAAGGCUGAAGAGGAGCAUGGUGAGGAAGAGGACAGGAGGAGGAAGGCCGAGGAAGCCACCCCCGUCACAGCCCUCCGGCAUGAGGGAAAGUCACCUGGGCAUGGCACUGACUCAUGCCCCUCGUCACCCCCAUCAGCCCAUCUUGACCCUCCAUCUCCCACAGUGCUCCGCAGGAGGUGUAAGGAGAAUGAAAACCCCUUUACAGGUUCUGUGCUGCCUAAAGCUGAGCCAGCCUUGGAGUCUGAUGGCCAGGGGAUGGCUUACUUAGGGGACCAAGAUGUGGCAUUUAGUUAUAGGCAGCAGACUCGAAAAGGAACCACACUGUUCUCCUUCUCCUUACAGCUCCCUGAGUCAUUCCCCUCCCUCCUAGAUGAUGACGGGUACCUCUCCUUCCCCAACCUGUCUGAAACCAACCUCCUGCCCCAGAGCUGGCAGCACUUCCUGCCCAUCCGUUCACCCUCCCUCCUACCCUGCUUCCUCUUCAUCUUCUUCUUCCUGCUGUCUGCUUCCUUCUCAGUGCCAUACGCCCUCACUCUCUCCUUCCCUCUGGCUCUGUGCCUCUGCUACCUGGAGCCCAAGGCGGCCUCCUUGAGCGCCUCCCUAGACAAUGACCCGAGUGACAGUUCAGAGGAAGAGACUGACAGUGAACGGACAGACACAGCCGCUGAUGGGGAGACCAGCGCCACUGAGUCGGACCAGGAGGAAGAUGCAGAGCUGAAGGCACAGGAGCUAGAUAAAACUCAAGACGAACUGAUGAAACACCAAACCAACAUUAGCGAGCUGAAAAGAACCUUCUUAGAAACCUCUACGGAAACUGCCUUAACAAACGAGUGGGAAAAGAGACUUUCCACGUCCCCUGUGCGACUGGCUGCCAGGCAGGAGGAUGCUCCCAUGAUUGAGCCACUGGUACCUGAGGAGACCAAAGAAGAGAGAGAGAUUUCUGAGAAAGUUGUAUUUUUACAUCAAGGAAGCUCGCCAUUCCUUGAGUCUCAGCCAAGUGUGACUAAGAAAAUGCGGGAAGGCGUCUCUGCUGAUUCUGUGGCCACUUCUCAUCAAAUAAUUUUUCAGAAAACUGUCCCGUCGACCCUAGAGGGCACAGAGGAUUGGGUUAUUGUAGACAAAAUACCCACUGAGGUAGUUGAUGGUGAUUCGAAAAAGAUUGUGACUUACAAGGUGGUUACCGUGAGCAGUAAAACUGGUGAGAUCCCAGCCGACUUGCUAAAAUCUAGCAUGAUUGACAUGCAUGGCUUCGAUGACUUGGCCAGAGAAAUGCAGCUUCAAGAAGAGAACAAGCAGAAGAUGUACACGCUAGGGAAAUCCUACGAUACCAUCUCUGGAAGAAUUGUUUCCAUGACUGGGAAAGCUAAAGAGGGCGAGAGAGCCGCCCAGCCCUCCUCAGUGGAAGCCCUGCAGAUGGAGAGAGGCGCCACCGCUGCUGAUGCCCUGAAGGUCGGUCCCCUGCUGGUGGAAUACGAGGUCCUGGAAUCCCUGGCUGAUGAGAAAUCCAGAAGAGGACCCGAGGUCCAGACCCCGAAGCGGAGGUUGUCAGAAUCCCUGGCGCCCAUCAAGGAAGCUGAAUCUCGGCGGCAAAGCCCUGAGGAAGAUGAUGCCCAGAAGGUUCCAAAGCUAGGAGAGGAUGUGCCUGCCCACCCCCGGCUCAGCAAACCGCAGCCGGUGCCCGAAUGUGAGGUGUUGAAGGUGGGGCCCUUUGGCCCACGCAGGAAGAGCCUGUCUGAGUGGCGCUACUCCCAGGAGCCGGCCUUUACGGUGGCCACUGCUCACUACGUCACUGAGUCGUCCGCAUCCCAAGUGGUGACUAAACAGUCUGCUGGGGAGAAGCUCAUGGACGGCUCGGAGAUCCUCAGUCUGUUAGAGUCUGCACGAAAACCCACCGAGUUCAUAGGAGGGGUUUCAUCUACUACCCAGAGCUGGGUGCAGAAACUGGAAACGAAGACAGAGUCCAUCGAAACCGAGGUGGAAUCGACCCUACCCUCCCAGCCCCUCGGCACUGAGAAGGUGCUGCAGGAGACAGUGUUGGUGGAGGAGAGGCGCGUGAUGAGUGUGUGUGGGAGCGGGGACGCUUCUCACACGGAGGGGGAUGGUGUGGAUGCAGCGGAGUCCACACCCGCAGAUCCUCACAGCAUGAAAGGGAAGGAGGCCUCUUCUGUGACAGAAGCAGCAGCGAAGGAAGAAAGAGGAGAGGAGGCCGACAAGUCUGUCCCCGAGCAGGAACAGCCAGCCCCUGUCUCCCAGGAGGAAGAGCAGGUGGUGGCCAUGCACCCUUCUGAGGCUUUGGAACAGAAAUGUCAUUUUGAGUCCUCCACGGUGAAGAUGGAAAGCAUGAGUGUGGGCAGUGUUUCUCCAGGAGGAGUAAAGCUAGAAAUCUCUACCAAGGAAGUGCCAGUAGUACACACAGAAACAAAAACCAUCACAUACGAGUCAUCACAGGUCGAUCCUGGGGCAGAUCUGGAGCCAGGUGUGCUAAUGAGCGCACAGACGAUCACAUCUGAAACCACAAGUACCACCACCACCACACACAUCACCAAAACUGUGAAAGGAGGCAUUUCAGAGACAAGAAUUGAGAAGCGAAUAGUCAUCACAGGAGAUGCUGACAUUGACCAUGACCAGGCUCUGGCUCAGGCAAUUAAAGAGGCCAAAGAGCAGCACCCCGACAUGUCAGUGACCAAAGUAGUGGUCCAUAAAGAGACAGAAAUCACACCAGAAGAUGGAGAGGAUUGACCAGAGGAAUAACUUAGCUUGCACAUGAACCCAGUCAUAUAAACCGUUAGGAAAACCGGAGCCUAUGUGGAGUUCCCUCUUCUAACCCAACUGACUUGCAUCUGUCUGUGGAAAAUUCCAGAAGAACUGACCUUGACCGUUAAUGAAAGACACUGGCAGAGAGAUCUUCCCAUCAUAAAGCAAUCCGAGUCAGCAUCACUAAACUGAUGAUACUGCAUGAAGCGAUGAUAAAAAUCACAAAAGAACCGCACUUUUAAUUUUCACCAAAAUAUCUGUUUUCAACUCUACCUGCACGUUCAUAACCAACAGUGUAAACCGUGAUCUCAUGUAACACAUCAACAACUCAUGCCUUUCAUAGUUUAUUAUUAAAGUCUCAACAAAAUCGCAGUUUCAUAGGUGACAAAUUCUCUGUUUACAAAUAAAUGUUAAUUACCCUAAAAUGCUAUCAGCCGUCUAGGUCCGGUGUGUCAGAUUUACCCCAGAUUAGGUGUGCCAAUAACCAAUUUUAUUCAGUGAACAACUUGAAUCUUGUCCUUGUCUAAUCUGGCUUUAUUAUUCUCACCAUAAGCAGUAAUGACUCUCUGACCCUCUAGAAAUAUCUAAUGCUUACAAUCUUGCUUUGUGUCUCUAAUUUGUUAUAAGGUAGAACUGAUUUUAGCACAUUGAUGUAAUUUCUUCCUAGUCAUUCGCUCUGGUCUGCGUUCAAUCCAGAAAGAUUCCCAGAAUUACCUAAGCAAACCCUCAAUAUGUAAAUUAUCAUUGUUUGGGGAAGAAAACCUGUAUUUUUGUUAGUUUACAAUAUUUUAAGAAUUCACUUCAGGAAUACCUGUCGGGCUACUUUUGCUUUGUUUUUUUUUUCUUUUCUUCGUAUUUUGUUCAUUGAUUGUUUUUUUCUUCUUUUACUUGAACGAAAAGGUGUUUUAUUUACAAAUCUGGUCCAUAUUUACAAUCUAGUUCAGAGCCGAGCCUUAAAUUGUACAGAAUUUCCACUGUAAUUAAACUAUUUAGUGUUUAGUUAUAAAUAGCCUCCAGAAAGAUAUAUUCUCCAUUACACUGUCAGCUGCAUCACAGCCCGUCGUGAAUGAUGUCACCGCAUCGCGAAAUAAAAAUGGCAAAUGCAUUGAAAGCUC